AUGGAAGUUAGUCGCGCUCCAUCAAAGGAUAUGUUAGAUGAGGAGACCGUUUUUGAACUAGAAGAUAGUUUGGAUGCGCUUCCGCUUACGCCGUCGAGUCGGAAGAAUGACGCGGACUCUGAAGCAUCACAACCCAGCUUGCCCAGUAGCCGUCGUGACUCUCGCAUUAAACCAGAAACAAUGCUUUCGCGCGUCAGUGCGUUUGCAAGCGUUUCGGAGGAAAUCGUCCUGGAGGAUUUAUUCGAAUAUAUAUGGCCAGAUGUCGAUGCCGAAGACUCGCCCGCACAGACAUCGGACGAGACGUACUACGUCGUACAGGAACUCCUUGCGGAUUUUCUCAAGAUCAAGUCCUUUAAAAGAAGAUAUCCCGAUCUUUCUAGACGUGUCAUGGAUGCCUAUGAGAGGACCUGGCUGCAAAAUAAUGGCCUCGUGCCUGCUGGUCGAGCUGAACUCGGUCUCACCGCCCUUCGUAGUGAGGAGGUCAUGACUCUGUUGCAGAAUGACUUCCCCGACGUUCACGUUGCCGUCUCGGAUUUAUUCAGGCAAAGGCGAUUCCAAAAGCUGGCUGAUCUUCAAAAACGCCAAUACGAAAAUUUUUUUAUUCCUACCGGCCAUUACAUUAAUGUUGAGGCUUUUCAGUCUGCAAAUCUCAUGCUUGCCGUGUAG